UUUCUUUUGCAUUAAUAAUUUUAAGUACUGGAAUAUCUAAGCAAUAACGUGGCAUAAAUUCAGAAACCAGUUAACGUUGAAGCGGUUGAGUUACUAGGAAUUCAUGUGCGCCUCUUUUCUCCCUCUCUCUAUAAUUUUGAUUGAGAAAGUAGAUGCUCUGUUUUUGGUGAAGGUGAAAUUUCAAUCUUUUCACCUUAUGAUCUUUGUAUAUGGAGAAGAAGGAGAGCACAAGCUCCCCUGUUGGAGCACUUGAGGAUCACUUCAGGAGUGAAGACUCGGAAUCAUGUUCUUCAAAAGAACCCGCCGCAGAAUCCGAAGCAAAAUCAAAUUCCAAAUCCAAUUCUCGCUGGCAUGGAUUUGCUAAGUUAUUCAGAAGUAAAUCUAAAACACCGAUAGCUUCAUUGUAUCCUCUGAAUGUCCUCAAGCUCUCCAUAAGAAAGAGCAGUAGUAUGAAAGAGGGUAUUGACACUGAUCCAUGCAAUUCAAAGUCGCAGCAGAAGAUUUUCUCUCUGUACGAGCUUCAAACUGCCACCAAUAAUUUCAGUUUUGUAGAAAAUCUGAUUGGAAAAGGGGGUUCUGCUGAAGUUUACAAGGGGCGUUUGCGAGAUGGAGAAUAUGUGGCAAUCAAACGGCUAACACGAGGUACAGCUAAUGAGAUGACAGCAGAUUUUCUAUCAGAGCUUGGGAUUAUGGCUCAUGUCAACCAUCCUAAUACUGCUAAAUUAAUUGGGUAUGGAGUUGAAGGAGGCUUGCACAUUGUUCUUGAAUUGUCUUCAAAUGGAAGCUUAGCUUCUCUACUCUAUGGCGUGAAGGAGAAACUGAAAUGGAGCAUUCGGUAUAAGAUUGCUUUAGGGAUAGCUGAGGGCUUACUAUAUCUUCAUCAAGGUCGUCAAAGGAGAAUCAUCCACAGAGAUAUUAAAGCUGCCAAUAUUUUGCUCACUGAGUACUUUGUACCGCAGAUUUGUUAUUUUGGGCUAGCAAAAUGGUUACCAGGGGAAUGGACUGACCACACAGUAUCCAAAGUUGAAGGCGCAUUUGGGUUGGUAAAGCAACCAUUUUUACCUGCAGUCGUCCAUUCAAAAUCUAUCUUGAAAAAAUAACCAGCAUUGGCCUCUGAUAUAAUUAUUGCAGUUCUCUUA